GGCACGUCCCGGGUACCCCCUCCGCAGUGGUACGGCCCACUCCACCAAGGUAAACUGGGUAGGCACUCAGUGACGGGGUAUCCUGUUGUUCCCGUGUUUGCCCAGGUUCCGCCCUGCAGUCCACCCUUCAACAAGCAUCACACGGAUGUGUGUUUGGUCCGGCCGGCCAGUGGACCUCUCCGCUAGUAGCUGUAUACAGCCAUCCAUGUAGAACCCAGUCUAUCUGGGGAACGUGCCAACGCACCGGAUCUCAUAAGAAAGAGAUACCCUGACCGCGACCAGGUCUCUGAGGCAUCCAGCGGAAGCUGUCUGACAUUUGAAGGGAGAGAGAGGGUCGCCAUGGGUUACCCGAGGAUCACCCUGUUGCUGUUGGUUGCAGCAGCCAAAGCUGUGACCGCCUGCCCUAGCGGCUGCACCUGUGACGAAGUCACUGUCAUCUGUAACGAAAAAGGCCUGACGAAGGUCCCCACCGGAAUACCGUCAGCCACCACCUACCUGAACUUGGGCAACAACAGAAUCAAGAAGAUCGAAGCGUCGGACUUCCGAAACCUGAAUAACCUCCAGCACCUGUACCUGGACUCGAAUGACAUCACUCAGAUUGACCCCGAGGCAUUCCGCGGCCUGUCCAGGCUGACCACCUUACAGCUGAUGAACAACGGCCUCAUCACGGUGUCCCAGCGCCUGUUUGACCACACGCCCUCGCUCCGAACGGUGUCGCUAAAGGGCAACCCCUGGAGCUGUGACUGCCGCAUACGCUGGCUGUGGGAGUGGGUGUACUCGCGACAGGACCCGGACGCACCCGAGAUGCCGCAGUGCGACUAUCCGUACGACCUGGACGGAUUUUACUGGGACCAGCUGACUGCCGACAACUUCACGUGCGACGGAACCGAAGUCGACCCUUCCGACAACGGAGGAACAGACAAGGACAGCUCCUCCGGUACCUUUCCCUUUCUGUUGCCGGUCAUCCUCGGCUCGUGUCUCGGCUUUGCCGUGCUGAUGAUCCUCACCCUUGUCCUUGUGAUCUGCUUGAGGAAAAAGCGCGCUCCCACCCCGCCUGAGCAGAGAAAUGAUUUGACUAUCGCCAACAAGCAUGCUGGGGACAGUCCGGUCAAAAAGGUCCAUGCGAACGGUAAAGUCAAGGGUGGGAAGCACAAGGACAAGAAGAAGGAUAAGGAGAUAAGGAAAUCUUCGGAGGAGUUACACGUGACCACGAGGUCACUCGAUAGCAACGAGGAGACGGUGUCCGGCAAGUCUCCGAGAGACAAAGACUCUGCUCUGAACGGCGAGGGGCCGCCGUCACACUACAACCAGCAAAACUACUGCGGGCGUCCGGACUGUAAGAUCUGGUUCACUGAGCACGUCCACCUAGACGAAGGCGAAGGGACAACGCAGCAGCAGCAACCUGCCGAACAGAAGCAGCGCGUGAGCCCGCGGCCAAAGAGUGAGGCGUACUACGUGAACCUCAAACCCGCGUCACCCUCGGAGCCAUUCCUUCCCAUGACGGACGCCGACGUCACGGUUGCCGGCGACGACGCCAUGCCGAUGAAGAGACUCGACGUGAAGAACCUUCACUUCCCCACCUUGAACUACUACCCUCCGACCAAUAACGGCGUUCCACAGGACAAAACGGUGAACCCCGGGUCGCACGCCGCGGGCCCCGAGGGGCACGCCUACCAACCGCUUCUAAAAGCGGGGGGAAAUCCCGACUACCAGCAUCUCGUAAGAGAGCAGGCCAGAAGACAGAACAUGAGCAGAAUGAAGCAGGCUCCCCGCGUCGACGUCCGGAAAGUGGACUCCGGCUUGCGGGGCGACCCGUACCAAGGCCACUACCAGCAAGGCGCGCGGCCGAAGGAUGCUGGGAGAGGGUACGAGCAGCUGCAGAGUAGCAUGAACAGUGGGUACUCCAGCAGAGGCAGUAUGGAUAGAUUGGGGGGCAUCAAUGUACAGACGACUUUAUAAAUACUAAGGACCCCUUUCCGCUAGACAAGCCCCCUUUCGCUAGACGGCAAUUGCUGAGUGACCAUUGAGCAACAAAAAUUGAAUUUGUGUUACCCUUGAUUCCAUAUGGAAUUUUCUCCAAAAUCUAAGUAUGAUUCCAUGUGGAAUUUUCUCCAAAAUAUAAGUAUGAUUUCAAAGAUACAUGAAUAAAGAGACUCUUUUUACACA